AUGUCUUACGCUUAUUUAUUCAAGUACAUUAUUAUCGGAGACACAGGUGUGGGUAAAUCAUGCUUGCUUCUACAGUUCACAGACAAAAGAUUCCAGCCCGUCCAUGAUCUCACUAUAGGCGUGGAGUUUGGUGCUCGAAUGAUUACCAUUGAUGGUAAACAGAUCAAACUGCAGAUAUGGGAUACUGCUGGCCAGGAAUCAUUCAGGUCAAUCACCAGAUCUUACUAUCGCGGUGCAGCUGGAGCUCUUCUUGUUUAUGACAUAACUAGACGUGACACAUUCGUUCAUUUGACCACAUGGCUGGAAGAUGCUAGACAGCACUCCAACUCCAACAUGGUCAUCAUGCUCAUUGGCAACAAAAGCGACUUAGAAGCAAGAAGGGAGGUGAAGAAGGAAGAGGGUGAGGCUUUUGCAAGAGAGCAUGGAUUAAUAUUCAUGGAAACUUCAGCCAAGACUGCUGCAAAUGUUGAAGAGGCAUUUAUAAAUACAGCUAAAGAAAUCUAUCAAAAGAUUCAAGAUGGAGUCUUUGACAUAAACAAUGAGGCCAAUGGUAUUAAAAUUGGACCACAGCAUGCGCCAGCUGGCCAGGGCUUGAAAGUUGGAGGCAGUGGAGGCAACCAAGGCGGGAGUUGUUGCUGA